AUGGCCCCGAAAAAACUGCCGAAGCUCCCGGAUGGGAGCCGCUGGGGGCGCCUCGACCUCGACAACUUCGUGGCGCCUGCGGCGGCGCGGGCCAGCACUGUAGAAGGCUCGUCGCCGCUCCGAGCGCGCCUAUCCAGGCAGGCGCCGUCGUCCAUCGCCAGCGGGGCCGAGAAGAGGCCGGCCGAGGCGCCGGCCUCGAGUGCGGGUAAGAGGGCGGCCGCGGCCUCCGCUCUUCGGCGGCCGGCGGCCGCUUCGAGUGCCAGGGGAGCCGCGGAGGCGGCUGUGACAGCGGGCGAGGAGGAAGCUCGAGGGCCGCUGGAAGGUUUGCCGGAAGCUGGCGCUGCUGGGCGCGCCGAAGGCGACGCCUCGGCAGACCCCGUGCGUCGCGAGGGCGCCGCUGGCGGCGGCGACCGAGAGGGUCGGGCAUUGAGCGAGGGGCGCGGCAAGGCGUCGUCGGAAGUAGAGGCCGACGCGGCGGCCGCGGACGUGGGGGCGGAGGCUGACGACCUGCGCCAGCUUGCCGAGGAGAGCGGCGGCGACGGCGGCGAGCUCGGAGAGGAGGAGCAGCCGCGCGAGGAAGACCCCGAGGUCAUCGGAGAUGACUGGUUGCGAUCGAUGCAGCCGCGGUUGCUAGUGGACAUGCGCUGCGAUUCUUCGGGGAGUGGGUGGACCCCCGUCCUCAAAGAGCACGCCGCGUACGUCACGGAAUCGAUGCCCCAGGCGCUCUCGGUGGCGGCGUUUGGCGACGGAAUGCUCGUCGCGGCGCCCGUGCUCACGGAAUUGCAGAGGGUGUUCCAGAAGCACGGUCUCUUGUCGGAGGGUUUUCGCAUCGCUGCCCACUGCCGCACGGACGCGGCUAAGAGCACCAUGGCGAAUCAGCGCGCUCAAGUGUUCGCGAGGCGCCCGGGGGCCAGCGGCGCCAGCGCGGCCAGCAUUCCCCUGCAGUAUGCGGCGCAGAACAGCGAGCUCGUUCUCGUGGAGAGCACGGGCGGGCCGGGGGAGAGCAUCCCGCACGACGAAUUGCAGGAAACCGACGAGUGGCAGUGUCUGACCUUCGGCGUGGACUCGGCGGACUACGGCGCGCCUUUCAGCAAGUGCAGCAGGUGGCUGUUGGCGGCGCGCGGGGGCGCCCUGUUGAACAUGGAGUCGGGGACUGAGUUCUUCCGCGUGUUCGCAGAGAGCGUCGAGGCACGGCAGAUCCGCGGCCCUCCCUUCGAGGCUUUUGCGGAGGCUUCGGCGACGGUGUGGUCGGACUACAUCGGCGAUGCCAUUCUGCAGCGGGAGGCGGUUCAAACGCGCGCCCUGCCAGUGGGCUGGCAGAAGGGCAUUCUCGAGUAUUGCUUGCGGAACCAGGUGAAGAUGCCGACCGUGGCCGCGGCCGACGCUCUUUUCGGCGUGAGCCGAUGGUUCCGCGUCCUGGACGACAAGAAGAAGAUCUUGCUCGCUCUUGCGUCGGCGGAGCGCAGGGGCCACGGGUUCGUCGUGGACCUGUCCGCGGGCCUGGGCGCCAGGCAGCCGCUGCCGCCAGGGGCGCUGCUGGCGG